CCGGCAGGACCCCCAGCUUGCCCACCCCUGGCUGGCGGCCGGCAGGGCCUUCCUGCUGUGGGGAUCUUUCCCUUGGAGGCUCUGGCAGCCUUGGACCGGGCUUAGUUCUUCUCCACAGGAUGCAGACUAAGCCAGUCAUUGCCCGAAGCAAUGGGACAGUCAAUGAAGGGGGACGGUCCCUAGGUCCUGCAGUUCCUAAGGAACAGGGGCUGGCCGGGGCUUCCUUUGAGAAAUGAUGAAGGGCCUUUCGCGCUCUUACGCGGCUUCCAUCUUUCCACCCAGAUAUUCCAGCCAGGUGCCCGAGCGCAGGAGUCAAUCAGCGAGCAUGUAUUGUGCCAGGCACUGUGCUAAGCGCCGGGGACACAAGCAAGAAUGAAAGGACAGAACCUGGCCGAGGGAACGAGAAGAGACGGGAAAGAGUGACCGGCGGCCCCCCGGAGGACCCCUGAAUGGGCUGCGAUCUGCCCUAGAGGAGAGACUUUCCAUUAUCCAGUUCACAUGAAGGGCACAUUUAUUUAUAACUUGCUUCCCCAAAGAUACAGGUAGGGUCGCGCAGGCCCAGGACCAGGGCAGGAGCGGGGUAGGGUCUCAGCCGGGAGGAGUUCAUUUCCAGUCCGUCCGCGCUGCAGAGACAAGAGAAGCAGUAGGAUUCAAUGCAUGUGCACGCCCUCCGAGGCCAAGGACUACCUUUCCCAGAAGGGAGGGAGUGGAGGCUACGGGCGGGUUUCCGGCAGGUCUCCAUGGCAACGGCACUUCCGCCCCUUAACUGGCAUACCCAUCCUAGUCCAGCCUGUCAGCCUCGGUUCUGUUUCGUCCGCAGCCGUCGCCAGGGCUCGAGCCUUCCGGGCUCUGCUCUGGCCCCAGAGGAGGAGGCCGGCCAUGGCGCCCGUGCUGCAGACCCCGGGGUCAGUGACCUUCAGAGACGUGGCUGUGACCUUCACCCCGGAGGAGUGGGGGCGCCUGGACCCCUCUCAGAAGGAGCUCUACCGCCAAGUGAUGCUGGAGAACUACCGGAACCUGGUCUGCCUGGGACUGGCCCUUCCCAAGCCUGAUGUGAUCAAGCAGCUGGAGAGAGGGGAAGCCCCCUGGGGGCCGGAGGGAGAUGUCCCAGGAAGCAGCUGGGCAGAUUGGGAACCUAGGUCUGAGACCAAGGAAUCACCUCCAAAACAGGGUCUUUCUGGACAAGAAUCAUCCCAGGAAAGACUCACCAAGAAUAGCCCCACCAUCUCCAGAUUGGGAGAAAACCAGUCAAUUAAUACCAGGUUAUUGAAACAGCAAAAGAAGCCUUCUAGACAAAAACCCAGCACCCAAAGGAAAAGUUCCGGUAAAGUGAGAAACCAUAAGUAUAAGAAGUUGAAUCCAGAACCAGUUCAUUUACCACAACAAAGAGAAUCAACAGGGAAGAGUCUCCAUAAACAUGAUAUACAUAGAAAGAGCCUCAAAAUAUAUGCAGAUCUAAGAAAGUGUAAUAAAAUAUGUCCAAAGAAGACAUUUUCUAAAUUUAAAGUUUGUGAGAAAUCCUUUAGUAACAAUUCGGACUGCAAGGAAAAUGAGAAAACUGGAGAGAAACCUUUUGUGUGUAAUGAAUGUGGGAAAGGCUUCGUUCAGAAGAUGUGUCUUAUUCAGCAUAAGAGAAGUCAUACUGGAGAGAGACCCUAUGAGUGUGGUCAGUGUGGGAAGGCCUUCUAUCAGCAAGGACACCUUAUUCAACAUCAGUCAAUUCAUACUGGAGAAAAACCUUUUAAAUGUAAUGAAUGCUCUAAAGUCUUUCGCUUGAGCACGGGGCUUGUGGAACAUCAGAAAAUUCACACUGGAGAGAAACCUUAUAAAUGUAAUGAAUGUGGGAAAGCCUUCCGGCACGGAUCCCAUCUCACUCAACACCAGAGAAUUCAUACCGGAGAAAAACCUUAUGAAUGUAAUGAAUGUGGUAAGACCUUCCGACAUAGUUCACACCUUACACAACACCAGAGAAUUCAUACUGGAGAUAGACCCUAUAAAUGUAGUGACUGUGGAAAGGCCUUUCGCCAUGGGUCACAGCUUACCCAACAUCAAAGAAUCCACACGGGAGAGAAACCUUAUGAAUGUAAAGUUUGUGGGAAGGCCUUCCGACAAAGUACACAACUUACUGCACAUCAGACAAUUCACACUGGAGAGAAACCUUAUGAGUGUAAUGAGUGUGGGAAGGUCUUCCGCCAGAGUAUACAGCUUACCACGCACCAGAGGAUUCACACUGGGGAAAAACCGUAUGAAUGUAAUGAAUGUGGGAAGUCCUUCCGCCUGGGCACAAGCCUUAGUGAGCAUCAGAGAAUUCACACUGGAGAGAAACCUUAUAAAUGUAAUGAGUGUGGAAAGGCCUUCCGUUUAGGCACAAGACUCAGUGAACAUCAGAGAAUUCACACUGGGGAGAAACCUUAUGAAUGUUCUGAGUGUGGAAAGGCCUUUGGCCACAGCUCCCAACUUACUCUACACCAGAGGAUUCACACUGGAGAGAAACCAUAUGAAUGUAAGGAGUGUGGCAAGUCCUUUAGGCAGAGUAUACAGCUUACCUUGCACCAGAGGAUUCAUACUGGAGAGAAACCUUAUGAGUGCAGUGAAUGCGGGAAGACCUUCCGCCAAAGCACCCAACUUACGGUACACCAGAAAAUUCAUAGUGGAGAGAAACCCUAUAAAUGUGAUGAAUGUGGGAAGACCUUCCGCCAGAACACACAGCUCACUGUACACCAGACGAUUCACAGUGGAGAAAAACCUUAUAAAUGCCUAGAAUGUGGCAAGUUCUUCCGCCUGAGCACGGGGCUCAGUGAACAUCAGAGAAUCCACACUGGAGAAAAACCUUAUAAUUGUCAUGAAUGCGGAAAGACCUUCCGCCAUAGUUCUCACCUUACUCGCCAUCAGAUGAUACACACUGGGAAAAAACCUUUUGAAUGCAGUGAAUGUGGGAAGUCCUUCCCCCAAAGUGCACAACUUACCCGACAUGAGAGAAUUCAUACUAGAGAGAAGCCCUAUAAGUGUUUUGAAUGUGAGAAGGCCUUCCGCCAAUAUUCACAGCUGGUUCGACAUAAUAAAAGUCAUGCUAGGGAUAAACCUAAUGAAUACAACAAAUGUGAGAAGGCUUCCAAAGAGCCCAGAGCUCUUAAUAGAAAUCAAAACCUGUAACCUAGAGGUUAAAUGUGAGUGUAAUGUAUGGAAGAAGUAAUAGGUGCUGGAUGGAAGAGUCAGGUUACAUAGUGGAGAGAUCCCUGGACCUGGAAUCAGGAAAAUCUGAAUUCAAAUCUGGCCUCAGAACUUUCCCAGCUAUCAUGUGAACAACUAGGCAAGUCAUUCAUCUCUCUCAGCCUCAAUUUUCUCAUCUGUAAAUGAAGAUAUUACCAACAACAACCUCUCAGUAUUGUGAUAAGGUUCAAAUGAGCUAACUCUCUGUGAAGUCCUUAACUAACCCUAAAAGCACCAUGUACAUGUCACUUAUCAGAACUACCAAUAACAAUAAUAAAUUCUUGUUGAUUAA